AUGAAUAGGUUGGAAAAGUUCUUCACAACACUGAACACAGCCCAGUCAAAAGUUCUGAAGGAAUAUACUACGGAUGAGCUGGUUUCUCAAAUAAAAGAGUAUGUUGAUUUCACUCCUUAUAUUCUUAAGCAAACAUACAGGCUCUUGUGUGGGCAGGGGAGUGAGGAUAGAAAAAAUGGGGCCCGGAUUCUCAAGUCUCUGAUGUUCCAGUUUAAGCUUGUGACUAAUUUCAAGAUUGAGUACAAGAAAGGCACUAGCAUAUAUUUGGGAUCGACAGGAGAGCAAUUCAAUGUACAAGCACCAUCUGUCCAGGAGCAGAAGAGAAUGAUUAAGAAGAUAGCAAAGCUGGAGCAUGUGGAGACAAACUUCCUGAGCGACAUCGACUUCAAGGCAGGAAGCGGGGAAACCAUCAAAAGACAGAAGGUGGAAGAGAAACCGAUUGAAAAUGUGUUUGACUUUUUUGAACAAAUAAGUGAUAAUCUACUGAGUUAUGAGUGGUAUAAGAGACAUGGAGCAUUUCUUGCAUUUGCAGCAAUGUUUUCGGAAAUAGACAAAAGAGAAGGAGAAAUUCAAAUAAGAAUUGACUCUAAGCUCUUUUCAAAGAUAUAUGAAAUUCUUGUCACAGAUAAAUUCAAUGACUUUGUGGAAGAUAGAACUGUAGCACCGGUAAGAGAUGCAGCUGCAUAUCUUCUGUCAUAUAUAUAUCCUUUAAUAGGGCCAAAUGACAUAAUAGAGCAACUGCUUAGAUUUUUGGACAAUGAAGACUGGCAAGUCCAGUUUUCGGGACUUAUAGCACUUGGAUAUUUGAAGGAGUUUGUUGAAGACAAGAAUGGGCUUUGCAAGAAGCUUGUAUCCCUUCUAAGUAGCCCGGACGAAGACAUAAAGCUGCUCAGUGCAGAGCUUCUCUGCCACUUCUCAAUAAUAGACGGAAUUGAUACAGUCCUUGACAAGUGCUGGCAAAACAUUGAAUCGGAAGAGGUUAUUUCGGUCUCAAAAACAUCCAAUCUUUCUCUCCUGACCAAGAUAUAUCGGGAAAAUCCAGAGUUCUCCAUUCCUCCAGAAAGGCUGAAAGAUAUAUUCCCGUGUUUUACUUCUCCGGUUCCUGAGGUCAGGACCAGUAUUUUGAAUAUGGUAGAAAAUCUCUCUGAAGAGUCGAUCGACUUCCUUGUGGCAGAAGUGGUUCUAAUAGAGGAAAAGGAAGAGAUAAGAAAGUUAGCAAUUAAGAUUCUCAAGAAACGCAAGGACCUUCCAAGAAACUUGAUUAUUCAUUUCAUGAACGUCAUUGGGGGAAGUCUGUAUGAGCCUUACAGAGAAGACGAUUUUGUUUCCUACGAAGACCUCUAUUUCACAAAGAGUGGGAUAAAUGUAAUAGGAAAGGAUGAGAUACUAAAGAACAGAUGUCUUCUAUUUGAAUGCAUUAUGAAGAAUGAAUUUCCAGAUUUGCAGACUGGCAAUGAGACUAUGAUAGACAGAACUUUUCUUGCAUUAUAUAGGUCUGCCCAGGAACUUCAUAAAGGUGGGACUCCGAUGUCUGGAAGUAUAGAAGAGUUAGGAGAUUACUUUGGCAAAUGCAAGGAUCUCAGAAUGGCACCUCAGAAAGAGUUUAAGAAAAAACUUAGUAACCCCGAGAUCCAUUCAAUCCAUCCAAUGGUGGAUCCUUUAUAUAUAGACUAUGUUAGGAUGAUAGCAUCUAUUGAAUUUCCUAGUCUUUGCAAUGCACCAGCCCUAUUUGAAGUUGAGACCUGCAUCCAGUUCCUGGAUCUGUUCUCUAAAAUGAUAGUGGAGUACUAUGAUGCAAAGAAGAUUUCUGUCGACAAUUUUCUCCAGGUUGCAUAUGAAAGAUUGUCUUCAGGAAGGAACGGGUUUCUUCGGUUCUUUGAGGGGUUUGAUGGUAGAUUUCUUGAUCAUCCCUUCUUUUUGCAGGUUGGAAGCCUGGAAAACAGACUGGACUUCUUCUCAAAAACUGUUCAUAUAUACACAAAAGCCUCGCAGAUUCAAAAGAUAGCGUUUAUAUUUGAUGAUGCACUUCAGGAGAGAAAUAUCACAGUAAUCAAUGGAUUUAUGAAAUCUCUGGAGUUCAAUGAGAAGUUUGUGAGGAAGGCACUUGAAAAUCUAGAUGUUGAGCUUCUUGAUGCUGUCUUGAUGAACGGGGAUCAUUCUUUCAAUCCUUUGUUUGUCAGGCCACUUCUUAAAAACAUCUCAAGUGAUGUAAAUCGGAAGACAUCCUCAAGACUAUUUUCAAAGAUUAUUCCAACUCUUGGGUUUAGAACAAACGAGAAGAUAUCUAAGGAUCUACUUGAGGUGAUUGAAAAUGAGAAAAAAUCCCUUGACUCGCUACUUGAUGUAAGGAAGAUCCCAGAGUAUCAUAUAAAAUGCCCAAUACUAGUCAAACUUAGAGACUACCAGAUAGAGGGGGUAAGAUGGUUGAAUUUUCUCCAUUCAUUCAGUCUCAACGGAAUUCUUGCGGAUGACAUGGGUCUGGGAAAGACCUUGCAGGUGUUGACUUUCCUUUGCUCCGAGAUUUAUAAGACAAAGAAGAAGAUCUUAGUAAUCUGUCCUUCAAGCCUUACUGGGCAUUGGAAAGCCGAAGUUAAGAAGUUUUUCCCCUUCGUAACUGCAGAGAUUUACAGGAGAGAAAACCGAGGAGAAUAUGGAAUCUUGAUAUCUUCCUAUGAAACAUUUAGGAAUGACUAUUUAAGCUUUAUUGAGAAGGAUUGGUUUUACGUUGUAGUUGAUGAAGGGCAUGUUCUUAGGAACAAACACACAAUUCUAUACUCAAGAAUGAAUAUGAUAAAGUGCUCUCGAAAGAUAGUUCUGACAGGAACUCCAGUGCAUAACAGUGUAGAGGAUCUGGUAUCCCUUUUCAACUUCCUAAUGCCCAAUUACAUUGGUUCCGAAAAAGAGUAUGGGUCGUUGAAUGUAAAGAUGUCUGAUACUGAAAUAGAAAAAACUCAGGAAAAACUUAACCUUCUUCACAAAAAAGUUCUUCCAUUUAUUCUCCGCAGAUUGAAGAUCGAUGUACUGAAAGACCUUCCUCCAAAGAUAAUUCGUGACAUAAUUGUUGACCUUGGGCCUGCCCAGGAAAAGCUAUAUCGUGAGAUUAAUGAAAGAGGGGGCAAGGAGAAACUUGAAGAUGUAGACCUGGAGUAUGGAAAGAUAGACCAGAAGAACGUCGGGUUCAAAAGGACAAGAGAUCUUUUGCUUGCGGUUUCCCAUAUGAGCCACUUCAAGGAUUCUAGUGAAGUGUCUUGUAAGGUCAAAGCACUUGAAGAUAUAAUUUCCCUUUGCGGAGGAGAAGAUUUAAGAAGCAAAAUACUUAUUUUUUUUCAGUUCAAAUCCAGCAUAGAUUUUGUUAUAAAGGACAUCAUGGAGAAGUAUAAAUUCAAGUACUCAAGACUAGACGGAUCCGUACCUAGCUCGACUAGAGCUAAGAUUGCUGAGGAGUUCAACACGGGUACAACCCAGAUAUUGUUUCUCACCACGCAAGUCGGAGGGUUAGGUCUUAACCUUACUGGAGCAGAUACUGUUGUGAUGUAUGAGCACGAUUGGAACCCCUUUAAUGAUCUCCAAGCCAUGGAUAGAGCUCACAGAAUAGGUCAGAAAAGAACUGUGAAUGUUUUUAGACUCAUAGCUAAAAACACCUUAGAGGAAAAGGUUAUGAACCUCCAGUCGUUUAAAAUGUUUGUUGCAAACAGCCUAGUCUCCCAGCAAAACGCGGAUAUAGAAACGAUGGAUACUAAGGAUCUGCUGGAAAGAUUCCAAGUUCUAGGAUAG